AAGCCAGAUGGUAUAUGAAGUCAAUUCAAGGAAGAGAAUGCUGUAGAGAAGAUGCCAGGUCGAGAAUGGGGAGAAUGAGAAUUAUCACCAAAGUUCUAAUGCUAGGAAGCAAAUAGGAUCUUGAUGUUGGUCCUAUAAAAAUCAAUGAAGAAGAACACAGCCGGGUGUGCUGAAGGCAGAAGAGUGAAGCUGAAGGAAAGGUCCCAGAAGACCAAAGGAAGGGUCAUGGCUGGUGUAUUUGGAAAGUCAGAGGCUAAUAUCUGCAUUAUAUGCUUGGGUGAAAACACUAAGCCCAUCCCCCCUGGAUGUGGGCAUAGUAUCUGUUCGUCUUGCCUCAGCAAGGAACCCCGGCCUGCCUCAUGCUGUCCUGAAUGCCAGGAUUUCUACCAGCUGGAUACUCGGGCAUAUCUGACCAAGAACCUGGAAGAAGAGGGCAACAUCUGCAUUAUGUGCUUGGGUGAAAACACUGAGCCCAUCCCCCCUGGAUGUGGGCAUAGUAUCUGUUCCUCUUGCCUCAGCAAUAAACCCCGGCCUGCCUCAUGCUGUCCUGAAUGCCAGGAUUUCUACCAUCUGGAUAUUCAAGCAAAUAUGGCCAAGUAACUGGCAUGUUUCCUUCAUUAGGAAAUUCUUAGAAAGUAAUAUUGUAAAUAUAAAUAAAUAGAAUAAUCUGAAUAUACAUAAUUUUGAUCAGUUCACAGAAGAACAAAAAUGAACUAAAAUUCUAAAAUGAUCAGAAGUAGGUAGUCCAGCCGAUUGUACAACAUAAUUAAUUUAAGUGAUGUUUUACUCCACAUAUUCUAAUGGAACUGCACUUUAUUGUCACUAAUAAAAAUAAAAAUUUAAAGAGAAAUCCAAAAAUAAACAGC